AUGUCUUCUGGAUCGUCUGAUUACGGUGAGGAGGAUCAGCCAACGUCUUCCACUGCUGGUGAAGGCAUCGAGAGUGAUUGGAUGUCGUUGUUUUCGAAGAAGACCCAGCAUCGCCCCAAAGCCACAUUAUAUGGGGAAAGAUCUCCAGAAACGGGAUCGGUGGGCCGCCGGCAAUGUCAUUACUGCAAUGCUUUCUCCGAGAACACUUCAAGUUUCGCCGGUCGUCGAAGUCUUCAAUUUGUCGAUAGCAAACUGGGGACUCAUUAUGCAAAAAAUUAUCCAACCGAUAUCGUUCGGAUUUAUAUUUGCCGAGAACACAUUUACGGUGAAAAAACGAUUGUACCUGAAAAAGUCGAUAUUCCGCCAAUCAAGAAACCAAUUGUGUCGACGUUGAAUUCCGAGAAAGCAAGAUUUCUUCGAUGCGAACAACAGGCAAAGGCUCCUGUGGUUGAAAGCCGAAAAACAGUUUGCGAUUAUUGUGGAGAUCUGGGAGUCGAUGUGUGCAUCUAUUCAUCAAAACAGAGCCAAGAAACGAUCGAUCAAAAGUUGGGAACGAAUUUUGCACAAAAUCACGCUCAAAAGCCAAGGAUCUACAUUUGCAGAAGGCAUUUCCUCGCAACCAGCAAGGCAACUAAGCUUUUCAACAGCAAGCCAAAUGUGUCCCAAUACUUAUCAAAGCCAACACUCUCAAGUCUGAAGCCGGAUCCUGGUUUGUCACAAGGUUCAAGCUCGACUCAGGAAAAAGCUCAACUUGUCUCAUUGACAAUGAAUGGAGAGAAGCUCAACUACACCGUUGCGACACGGCUGAACAAGAAGAUCUUCACGAUUCUGGAGCCACAUGUCGAUCAGAAGCCUCUAGAUCCAAUCAAACUUCUCGAUUUACCCUCACUCACUCCAGAAGAAAACGAGAAAUUCAUUCAUCUACGAAAUGGAACAAAUUCGAAAUCGUUCAAGCUCUACGACAAGCUCAGUCUUUUCUUGAAAAAGAUGGUUCAAUAUCGUCUCUUGGCUGACAAACAGGAUUGCCCCAAAUGUUUUGAGCAAAUGUCGUUAGUGAGAAACUCUGCCGAUAACUUUUUCUGGAAAUGCCCAAGUGAAUGCCAAAUGUUAUCUGUGACAGCCGGAUCGUUUUUCGAGAAAGAUGUUCUAAAUAUUCGCUUGAUGAUGCAAUUGAUGGCAUUUUGGUGUUUGAAUCCAGGCCUACCUCGUGAUGCUCUCGCAAUGCAAUUUGCCGUAACGCCGAACAAAAUAUUGGCACUAGAAAAAUACAUAGCGAGUGUCACCAAGCAAUGGUGUAACAAGAAUCCGGAUCUUGUUCGAGAAGUGGUCAAUGGACGAAUGCCGGUUAAAGAAGAAGAUAAAGAAGAAGAUAAAGAAGAAGAAUCUGAACUGUUCAAGACAGCAAAAAGGGUUAAGUUAGAAGAGCCAGACGAGCCGACAAGUGAGACAUUUGAUGUAACGACACUUUUUGGAAAUGCUUCAAAAGAUCUAAAAGAAAAGACUGUUUCGGUCAAGAAAGAAGCCGAAGAAUCUACUGUGGCUGCUAAAAAUGCGAAACCCGUCGAUCUAAUUGCGUUUUACAAGGAGAACAAAGAGCGGAUACAAUCUCUUUACCAAGUAAAGGAUCCUUUUCCAGAAGUCUUCCUUCAUGACUACAUUUUCCGAGAAUACUUUGGUCAUCAAAAUCUAAUGAAUCGUAUUCUUUACGAGAUCACGCAAAUUUGGGUGCUUGGGGACAGAAAUGAAGUCUCCGACGAUGUGAAGCCUUCUCCAUCAACACUUGCCAACGUCUUGAUGAAUCAAGGGGAGCCACAAAGCUGUCCCGAAUGCAAUCGAAUGUUCGCAAACACUCGCGUUCUCAAAAGACACCGAGAAGAUGUGCAUAGGAUUUAUCGAAAAAUCUGUGGCAAAUUUAUUAGAUGUGAAGAAUGUAAUGAAGAGUUCUAUUUGAAAUCACAAUUGAACGAUCAUAUGAGAGAGGCACAUCAGAGUACAACGACAAAUGGUUUCGAGAUAAAGAAGGCACAUGUGGUGGCUUGCCCAAUCUACAGUUGUCCAUAUGUUGGUGCCUCACGGGAAACCCUUGCUCUCCACGCAUUUAACGCCCAUCGAGAUGAAAUGAAAGAGCUGUCCAAGAAAUCAACUUUACUAUGCACAAAGAAUUUUGCAACACGUAAAGAAUUGGAGAAAUUCUACGAAAGCGACGAGAUGAAGUAUUUGGCGUUCAUGAAGAAAGAUGCCAAAAAUAUUGGCAAAGGAGUCCGAACUGGGCAUUGUGUUGGUGAAUAUGAGCAAAUUGAGGGACGGAAGAUCACGACUUUCCGAGGAUAUUGCACAUUCUUCUUAAAGGAAUCAACACGGGCCGAUGGUUCCAUCAAAAUCAGCUACUGCACUUCACAUCUAGGCCAUCCAAUCAAAGAA